CCCAUGGCUCACGUGGGAUCUUUGGUGGGUCCCGAAGCUGCACGGGAGAAUCUUCUUCGGGCCAACCCGCAGUGGAGGGUUCCUGGAGCUGAGGAGAGGAACCCAGCUAUGAUGGCCCAAUAUUAUCUGAAUGAGGCUGUUUUCUGGUCCUCGUUCGCUUCCGAGUGUAGCUCGGUUGAGGAGAGGCAACUGAGGAGGUAUCAGGAGGCUUAUGCUCGUGAUAUCCCUGUCUUGGACCAGAAGGCUGGGCAGCUCAUGGCCGAGAUGGUGGAGAUCAAGCAACUGUACCUUCAGUACAGUCGUGAGGCUAGGGAAGCGGCGGAACAGAUCGGGGCCGAAGUUGGGAAGCUCACUUUCUAGGUUGAAGAGGAUGCUGAAAAGAUAGCUUCCUUCGACAGGGAGAGGAGAGAAAUGGCUGCCAAGUUUGCGAGCGAACUUGAAGAAAAAGACAGUCUUCUCAAGGAGAUGACGUCUAAAUUUGAGGCGGCCAUUAAGCAGAGCUAGGAAGCGGAGGCGAGGCUUCAGCAGUUUAUCAAGCACCGGGAGAUUGUUCAGAAUCAAGCUGACAAGGUGCCCGUUCUCCAGCUGAAGAUCCGAGAGAAGGAUGCUGCCAUUCGGAAGUUGGAGCAAGAGAGAGUUGA